AGUGCAGCUGUCAACACCACCAUGGGGCUGGCUCAGCUCUAGACACCCCGCCUCCAGCCGGCCCCGGGAACCCUCCGCCAGGGGCACAGCCCGCCUCCAGCCGGCCCCGGGAACACUCUGCCAGGGGCUCAGGGAAUUGAGAAUGGACCUUCAACAAUGCUAGGGGUAAAAUGGGAAGCGCCUCGCUUCGAUGUUUCUGCUACGGCUGCCUUUUCACAUCCGUGACCUGGACGCUCCUGCUCUUUAUUUAUUUCAACUUUAGCGAAGAAAGCCAAGGUGUCAGACAUGUGCCCGUCAAGGGGCUUGAACCGUACAAGCCAUUCCCUAAAAAAAUCUAUCCCCGCUUCUCCCGAGAGUCAUUGAUGCAAGUAGAGGGUGAUCGAAAAAUCCAUGCAGGGGAUCAGAAGAAAAAUAACUUUGUUGAGACAGAGCAGAAUAAUGCAGAUCUCGCUCCAGAAAUGGGCAUGAUAUUCAAUGAACAGGACCAGGAAGUGCGUGACAUUGGCUACCAGAAGCAUGCCUUUAACAUGCUGAUUAGCAAUCGACUUGGAUACCACAGAGAUUUACCGGACACACGUGAUCCAAAAUGUGCAACAAAAUCCUACCCCGCUGAUCUGCCCCUCGCAAGCAUUGUGAUUUGUUUCUACAAUGAAGCCUUUUCGGCUUUGCUACGAACUGUUCACAGCGUGUUAGAUCGAACACCAGCUCAUCUACUACAAGAGAUCAUUCUUGUAGAUGAUAAUAGUGAACUAGGUGAGGGUAAGGAUUUAGAGGACUAUAUGGCAGAAAAUCUUCCGAAGAAGGUGAAAUUGGUGAGGAACAAAUACAGAGAAGGUUUGAUUCGGGGCAGGAUGGUUGGAGCUUCUCAUGCAACAGGUGAUGUCCUUGUGUUUCUGGACAGUCACUGUGAAGUGAACGAAAUGUGGCUGCAGCCCCUACUUGCACCUAUUAAGGAGAACCAGAAGACCGUGGUGUGUCCGGUUAUUGACAUAAUCAGUGCAGACACCUUGAUUUACAGCUCGUCGCCUGUUGUACGUGGGGGUUUUAACUGGGGUCUGCACUUUAAAUGGGACCCAGUCCCACUAUCAGAGUUGGGAGGCCCGGAAGGAUUCACUGCUCCGUUUAGGUCUCCAACUAUGGCCGGGGGUCUCUUUGCAAUGGACCGAGAAUAUUUUAAUACUCUGGGGCAGUAUGACAGCGGAAUGGAUAUAUGGGGAGGAGAAAAUCUAGAAAUUUCAUUUCGGAUCUGGAUGUGUGGUGGCAGCCUUCUUAUAGUACCUUGCUCCAGAGUUGGGCACAUUUUCCGAAAGAGACGUCCAUAUGGUUCGCCUGGUGGCCAUGACACAAUGGCCCACAAUUCUUUGCGUUUGGCUCAUGUUUGGAUGGAUGAAUAUAAGGAACAAUAUUUUAUUUUGAGACCAGAACUAAGAACCAGAGAUUAUGGUGAUAUCAGUGAGCGCAUGGCCUUAAGGGACAGGCUGCAAUGCAAAUCUUUUAAAUGGUAUUUGGACAAUAUAUACCCUGAGAUGCAAGUGUCAGGACCAAAUGCUAAAGCCCAGCCACCUGUUUUUGUUAAUAGAGGCCCCAAGAGACCAAAAAUACUGCAGCGUGGGAGGCUUAUCAACCUGCAGACUAACCGGUGUCUUGUUGCCCAGGGACACCCGAGCCAGAAGGGGGGAUUGGUGGUGGCUAACGAAUGUGACUUUAAUGAUUCAGAGCAGAUCUGGACUUACAAUGAAGAAAAUGAACUUAUUUUAAGUAAUCUUCUCUGUUUGGAUAUGUCCGAGACCCGUUCGUCAGAUCCACCACGUCUAAUGAAAUGUCAUGGGUCUGGAGGAUCACAACAGUGGGUGUUUGGUAAAAACAACCGCCUGUACCAAGUGUCUGUUGGACAAUGUAUGAAACUUGUUGACCCUUUGAGCCACAAGGGCUACGUGUCAAUGGCAAUCUGCGAUGGCUCUGCUUCUCAACAAUGGCAUCUCAGCUGAGCCUCAGAAAUAGUCCGAAGAGGAUGCUUGCCGAUAUAAACUAUUAUUACGUUGGCUUUACUAGCCUGAAGCUGCUAUUUUACCGGACAAUUCGUCAGUCUCCUCCGUAUUGCGUGUGGCACGUUGAACAAGGGCGGUGGAGUCCUUCUAACUUUGCUACAUUACAAAAGCAACUACGCUAUAAGUUACUAAUGUGCAAUUUACUAAAGAAUUAGUUAUUGGAUGCAAAGUUUUUAAAUCCCAGUAUGUUACCCGAAAGAAAUCUAAUCCCACAAAUGUUUUCUCUCAAUAUUAUCUUUGUUUUUAUUUUACUUGCAGUUGCAAUUGAAUGUUUUAAAAUUUUAAUGAUCAAUCAAAAAGUUUGUAAAUUCUGUUGCAUAUAUUGUUUUUUAAGUGUUUUUUUUUUUUUUUUGUGGUUUCCACAGACAAUUACUUUUAACCCCCACAGAUAUAAUAAUUUUAUAGGGAGUUUGUGAGAUUCUCGGCUUUCUACAAACUUUCUGCCAGGCAUGUGUUUUGUGAUCUUAUUUUAUCUUAUUGAUAUGAAAGAAAAUGUUAAUUAAAUUGUAUGAAAAUAAUGGGUUUGGUAGAUGGAUUUAAACAAACUAUGCAGAUUAGACCUGGCAAUCUGACUUCCUUUUUUUUAGUUUUGGACAUGUACAUAUUGUCCAAUAAUAUUCACUUUCUGUAGACUGUAAGCUCCAUGGGGCAGGGCCCACAUCACUUUUUUUUUCUUUUUUAUUGUGCAUCAAAUUUCUGUAUAUUUGGUUUACCCAUUGCACAAAGUUGCAGAAUACAUUGGCAGCUUAUAGUUGAAU